AUGGAUUUCCAGAAAAAUCAUGCUGCCAAUUUUGCCAUCUUGUGUCUCCUGUUCCUUGGUUUACUCUAUGUUUUCGUGUGGACGCCGUCUCUCGACAAGCCUUUCUUCCCAUUCCAGAACUAUCAGUGUAGAUCCUCCACCUCGAAGAUGAUGGAGUCUGGGGACAGCCAUACAAAUGAGCUAGAAAGAGCUUUAUCAAAAGCUUCCAUGGCGGACAAGACUGUAAUACUCGCAAUGAUAAAUAAGGCCUACGUUGAUGGGGACAAGACGAUGCUAGAUCUUUUCUUAGACGGUUUUUGGCUAGGCGAGGGCACACGAGGCUUGCUCGAUCACCUCCUAUUGGUUGCUGUGGAUCAAACAUCGCUCGAACGAUGCAAGUUCCUUCAUCUUCAUUGCUAUAAACUUGAAACCGAAGGCGUGGAUUUCAGUGGAGAGAAGAUGUAUUUGUCUGAGGAUUUCAUGAAGAUGAUGUGGAGAAGAACCUUGUUUCUUGGCGAAGUACUCAAGAAAGGCUACAACUUCGUCUUUACGGACAUUGACAUAAUGUGGUUAAGGAACCCAUUCCCGAGGUUAACCCUAAACCAAAGCGUCGAUCUCCAAAUUAGCACUGAUGACUUCAACGGUGACGAAUGGUCAGAAUCUAACCACAUCAACACCGGCUUCUACAUGAUCAAAUCCAACAAUAAGACCAUCCAAUUGUUUGGGAUGUGGUAUGCUCAGAGGAACAACUCUAAUGGUCUGAAAGAACAAGAUGUUUUGGAUGGAAUGCAGAAAGAUGGUGUGUUUAGGGACUUGGGAGUGAAAGCCAGGUUUUUGGAUUCCCUCUAUUUUAGUGGCUUCUGCAAAGAGAGUAAGGACUUUAAAGUUGUGACCACUGUUCAUGCCACGUGUUGUCGAAGCAUUCAUGCCAAGGUGGCAGAUCUGACGGUGGUGCUUCAUGAUUGGCUAAGGUUCAAGAACUCUCCCACCAAUGAGGCUUCGACAUUUCAAUGGUCGAGCCAUAUUGCAUGUAUGCGUUCUUGGUGAUUUCCAUGUCGAUGGCUCAAGUGAUCCUCAAGGUCUC